AUGAUCCUCCUCGAGACACAUCAUGACUAUACAGUUCUUCCGACGUCGAGCGAGCCAAGGGAAGAUGUCAGCGAGGGCGCUGACCCUAUUCUAAAAUCAUUACUACGAGACAAUAAGGGCGUCACGCUUUAUACACCGCAUGGAGGCUCUCUAGUUGUUCAUGAAGAUGGUCAUACCUAUAACUUUUCAUAUGGACCAAGCGGAAUUUCAGGUCUAGUUCACAAUCGUUAUGCCGUUGCGUGCGCAGCGUUUGCUGGGAUUGGCGGUGUUUCGUUCGGGUAUGACCAAGGCGUUAUUUCCAAUGUCCUCGUCAUGAAAGACUUUCUGGCUCGGUGGCCAAUCGGACCAUGGGAGAAAGGAUUGAUGACUGCUGUUCUUGAGCUUGGCGCAUUGUUUGGCGCUAUUACGAGCGGAAUCUUGGCAGACAAGUAUUGUCGACGUCAGUCCAUUUUCUUCGCAUCUAUCAUUUUCUGUAUUGGUUCGGGACUGCAAUGCGGGGCGCAGUCGUUGAACGAUCUUAUCAUUGGGCGAGCAAUUGGUGGCUUUGGAGUUGGGGCCCUCAGUAUGCUUUCACCGCUUUACAUGGCCGAGAUUAGCCCUCCUGAGCUCCGCGGCUCACUCAUGGCGCUUGAGCAGCUCGCUAUCGUUCUUGGAGUUGUGUUUGGGUUUUGGACAGGUUUUCUUACGAGACACAUUGCCGGAUCUGCUUCAUGGAGAAUUCCACUGGCACUCCAGUUUCUCCCAGGUAUUUCGCUUUGCCUCGGAUGCUUUGUUCUACCACCUUCACCCCGACUGCUGGUGCUCCAUGGUCACAUCGACGAUGCACGGAGUACUUUAGCCAAACUUCGUUUGCGCACUCCUGACGAAGCAAAAGAAGAUCCGUUGAUCCAGCUUGAGCUAUUGGAAAUGCAAAUCAACGUUGCUCUCGUCCGACAAAAAUCAACAGAUGGACUCUCACGCGAAACAUGGUCAACCCUCUUCGGUCGGGAGUACGUCAGACGGACUCUUAUUGGCAUCAUGAUCAUGUUCUUUCAACAGUGGAGCGGUAUUAAUGCACUUCUUUACUAUGGUCCAACUCUAGUUGAAAGCAUAGGGAUGCGCGGGGACACCGUCACACUUCUCGUUUCAGGUGGGAUCGGAAUCAUCCAAUUUCUUGCAGUUUUCCCGGCCAUCAUAUUUCUCGACCGGUGGGGCCGUAAACCCCUUCUCAAAGGCGGCAGCGCAAUUAUGGCUGUGUCGCAUUUCAUGAUCGCAAUCUUAAUCCACCUUUUUCAUGAUGACUGGGAAUCGAACACUAUAGCUGCUUGGGUAGCGGUGUUUUGCACGUACAUAUUUACUGCAGCUUACGGCAUGUCCUUUGGGCCCAUUGGCUGGGUUCUUCCCAGUGAAGUAUUCCCCCUUUCAAUGCGAAGCAAGGGAGUUUCCUUAUCAACGGCUUCGAACUGGAUCAACAAUUAUCCCUUUUUUCCCCGCCGGCGUUCACCUUGUGUAGUCUUGAUUGGCCUGAUUACGCCGCCGCUGAUGGAGAUGUCUUCUGCCGGUGAUAUAUCGUUUGCGGACUUUGCAUUCUUUGGCAGUGCGACCUUUAUGAUUUUCGCGUGCGCCUGUUUCGGGGCCUACCUGUGGUCUAGUUAUGUUGUUCCAGAGACGGCAGGCGUUUCUCUCGAAGAAAUAGAUGCAGUCUUUGGUUCUGCAGCAGGUCAGAAAGACCGCAAACGGAAAUGCGAGCUGGAACGCGAACUCGGGCUGCACGACCUAAUUAAGGGCCUUAUUCCUUCGGAGGCACUAGGCCAAGAGUAG